UGUGUGGCAACUGCUGCCGUGUUCUCAGUCUGAGUCUGACUCACUCAGUUCCAAACGGGUAAUUGUCGCAGUUGAACGUGAAACGGAUCUUAAUGUGUCAAUUCUGUUGAGAGCUUGACACAUCCUGAAGUGCUUUUAAUAGAAGUCGUGAACAUAACCGAAUAUAACAUACGCACUGACAUACACACACACGAUCAUACAGUAAUGGAACCAGGAAGUAAGAAGAGAAACAAGGAGACAUGUUACCAAACAACAAGACACGAAAUAGUAAUUAAAUCAAGAAAGGAGAAAUGCAAGAAAUGAGCUGUAACCCAACCAAGAGUGAUCAUUCUCAGCGUCUGGUUUGGGGAGAAGAAUUGACGGACUUGGUUCAAAAUGCCUACCUUCAUGGACACAAAUUUUGUCCCGUAUGGUUCCCCAACAGCUCCCCCUGCACACCACUUCCACCCUCAGCCAUCAUAUCCUGGCCCUCCACCACCACAAGCACCUCCUUCAUAUGAUACUGCAGGAACUUUUUCGUAUGGAUUCCAGUCUCCUCCUCCACCUUACUCAGGUGACCCGGCCCCAGGCUACCAUCAGGGGUAUUCACCUGCUUCCCCUGGUCCUUAUGUGCCUCCACCUGCUGCACCUGGCCCAUAUAUUCAGCCACCCAUGCCACCAGGAGGUUAUGGUCUGUACCCAGAUCUCGCACAGUUGCAGCAAGUGCCACAAGCACCAUCACCAUACAGCAGUAGUGGCGGCACAACCAGUCCUCCAGUCCCUGCUCGUCCUGCUCCUCCUCCGCCAGGCUAUGGUGCUCCCACAACACCAGAUGGAUGCUCACCAACCCAAACAUGUUCCUUUGCUCACCUGAAGGAAGGGGAGACACCAGCUGGUCAUGUGGUGCAAUGGCGGGGAGGAGAUGGUUUGCAGAUCUUCUUCUUACAGCAAGAGGGGCAUGUGGUUUCUCCCAAAAGGCCUCUCAUCAUGAGCAUCUACAAAAGAAUAUGUUCUCCAGGGAGUCCUGAGGGCAUGGUGGAGGUGCACGGCUGCUGGCGGCUCAGGCUUGUGGCUGGAACCACUCCGGUCCUGCAUACUUCUCCUAGUUGUUAUACCUUCAUGGAUACCUCAACCAAUCCAAGCCGUGUAGUAAUUCUACAGAUGUCAACACAGUUGACAAAGAAAAUGAGUGAGGAUCUUCUGGAUCUUCUGACUGAGUUGACUGAUCUACGUAAUGAAGAUGGAGGUGUGGUAGAGAAAGUGACGACAGGUGUUGCCACAGUGUAUGAUGACUUGACCCAUAAACUGAACACUGUUGUGAAAGACACUGUCCCCAAUGCACAUAAGAGCACCAAGUGGCUGAGAAAGGGCACAGGAUCACUAGUGAGAAUUGGGGGCAAUUUGGUUUCUCGAGGAAUUCAUCUUGUUGCUGAUCACAUCCCUGCCAAUGAGAAACCACAACAGGAUGAGUCUCCUGCCCAUGCAGAACUCCUGAGGUGCCUCAAGACAUACAAAAAGUGUGUGGAGGAGAACAGUAUCACCUAUGUAAACUGAAAAGAUUAUGGUGCAGGAAACAUGGCUGUGAAAAGGAACACCAUUGCUCCCAUUAUCAGUAUGAUAUUAGAGAAAACUUAACACACUUUCUACUUAAGCUUCAAGAGGCAGAUGAAAUUAUAUAUAUAUAUAUAUAUAUAUAUAUAUAUAUAUAUAUAUAUAUAUAUAUAUAUAUAUAUAUAUAUAUAUAUAUAUAUAUAUAUAUAUAUAUAAUCAAGCUUUAGCCAGUCCUGUAGUCUUGUUCUUGUUCUUUACUAUUUUGUAAAGAAGCCAAUAUCAGAAUUGUUGCUAAAAUUAAUUGAUGACUGAAAGUUAUUUCUAGAAGUAUUAUCAAAACACUUUUAGUGGUAACUUUUACUUUACUAGAAAUGCACCACAUCUAGCAUGUAGUAACUUAUGACAUACAGAAAUAGGAUCUCUAAAGGUUGUUCAUUAUUUUGUUCCCUUUGUGAGGAAUGUUGGCCUAGUAUGUAGACUUUUUUUUUUUUUUCUCCAUCAGGAGAAAUAGCAUCUCUCAUAGUGCCCAGAAAUCAGGCACACCAUCUGCUGUGCAAGGGUUGAAGACUCAGAUGCAUAGAUGAGUCUGACUUAAUUUUUUGCAGUUGAAACAUUUUAAUCACAUGACAUACUUUUUUUAAAGUUAUCUUAUACUCUGCAGGUCUCAUUGUGGAUGGUUGUAUUACAGAGUUGUGCUGCAAGACUCAGGAAUGUUACGUUUAUCUUUUGCUUACUUUUACUUAGGGGUUGUAUCUUUGUUCUCACUAAGCAUAACUUGUAUUUCAGUGGUAUUAUGAAGUCUUGCUGAUUAACAUUAUAGGUGACUGUUGUAUGUUUUGCCAUACAUUUUUCUUAAGUUCCUACAGAAACAUGUUGCUAAAUAUGCAAUUUCUGAGGAACCAUUUGAUAUCUGCUUUAAGUUAUUAUUAAUCAGUUGAGAGUAAGAUUCAUUAGUACCUGUGCCUUGUAGUUUAGUAUUUAUUGUUUUUAGUGACAAUAAGUAUUGUAUAUAUUUAUGUCACUGUUCCUAUUUCAGUCACAUAAUGGAAACAGAUAUUAACUAGUACGAGUAUUCUUAAUGUGAUAAGAUAUAUUGUAUUAUUACUGUUGUAUCUAUUGAAUUUUCAAUAUAAGACAUUUUUUUUUUUCAGAGGUGUUCCCCAAAUUCUCUUGCAUCUUACCAUCUGUAAUGAGUUUGUGAUAUCUAUAUUGCUAAAACUGUUAGGUUUUGUAUGCCUGACUGUCUCUCUGUCUCAUAUUUUUACAGCAGUGAGGUCAAAUUUAUCUAUAAAAUCUCAGUUGAAUGCAGAAUGGUUGAGAACCUUUGCUUGAAAGGAGCAAAGUUCCAAACAUUAUAAGAGCUUAAAAGAUUAUGAGCUAAAAGUAUAGUUCUAGAGAUGUCAUGUGUCUGGCAUUCUAGUAUGUCUUCAGAAUAUUCCCUUGCUCAGAAACUAUAAAUUUCGUGUGGGCAGCACAGUCUCUACUAUUUUUUUCUUCUGACAUAUUUUAUGAAGCAAUGCUGCAAAUAGAUUUUCUUUUGUAUCAUUUAUACAAACCUACAAUUAUGAAAUUUUUAUGUUUAUGGGAGCCUAUGAAUAUAUAUUUAGUGAAUGCAAGACAUUUAGGUUAUGUACCCAUUAAAUACAUAGUUUAGGAAUCAAUCCUUUCACUGCUAGACCAUAUUUCUCAUAAUCAUUACAACUUCUCAGAUAGCCAUGUACCACAUCCCUGUAAGCUGGAUAUGGCAUAAUUUUUCUCUAUGACUGAUAACAAAGGACAGCCAUGGCAGUGAUGUGCAGGCUUGUUAAUAUAAUAUCAACUGCAGUUUCACACACCUUACAUAUCAUUAAGAUCCAUGUGUGCCAUUCAGUUGAUGUAUAGGAUUAAUAAUGUUGCUGGUUCCUUGCAAAUCUUCAAUUCUCAAUUAAUUUUGUAUUCACUUCCUUGUAUUAAACAAGACCCAAGGUACAUAUGUGUGGUCCUACACUUAGUUUUGUGCAAUACUAAAAUGUUUUCUUUUUAAAUGUGAAUUAAUAGUUUUGUUGUUCAUGCUAUAUAUUUAUGUCAACUUAAGAAAGCCAGCAAAGGAGAUACAUGUACAUUAAAACCUCCAUAAGUUCGCAUAAAUGGGGCUCAUACUUUACUGGUUUAUUGCAAUUACAGAUUAGGGGAAAUAUCACUAAAACAUUUGCAAAGAGCAAGAGUAAUUUUAUUAAUAACUUCAGAAAUUCAUCACUCAAGUAUUACUAAGUUGAGAUUCACCUUAACUAGGUAAGCAUCAUGAGAAAGUAUCCAUAACUCUCCAACUCAAUGCCCCCUAGGCAAAACAAUCCAUCAAAUCCACAUAUUCUUUAUUUGAACUUAUCCCUGUAACAGUUAACUCGCUUUAUCAUUUGUUGUGCCAAUCCUCAUUACUGUAGUGCCAUAUGACCUUCAGUGUCUUGCACUUUCUUGAUCUCCAUUAACCAACCUUCCUGAGGAGGAAAUGAACACCACUUCUCACAGAGUUGUAGAUGUAACUCCCAAGGUGUUAUAAGAGGGCUACAUAUUUUACUUGUGUUCCAUAUUGUGGUCUGUAUUGAACCGAGUCUCAAAUUUACAGGUUCUUAUGGUUUUGUGAAGUUUUUGGACAAUAUGGAGUGUUGUAUAAAUAUACAUGUAUAAGCAGCAGAUGAGAGAUGGUCAGCAUGAGCUACAGUCAGACAUUAUGAGUUGGAGCCUUGUAUCUUGAGCCUUAUGAAACAUAAUCAAAGAGGAAUAAACCCAAGAAGUUCU